GCUCCGAUUCACAUAUCAGAUGGAGGGGGCCCUACAGACCAGGUUAAAGAAAAUUAUGUCCAAACUGUGUUGCAAAAACAAAGGGAGUCUCUCUUGCCCCGCCUUCAUUACCAUCCACUAUUGCUACCCAAACCUAGAGGCCUUAAUUUAGACCCUCAGACCAUGGAGAUCCUUACUGCCACCCAUGAUGUCCUAAACCGUUCCAACCCUUCCCUGGCAGAGGAUUGUUGGCUGUGUCUCGCAUUAGGAAUUUCAUGGCCUCUAGUUUUACCUUUAAGUAACGAGUCUAAUAUACUCCCCUCUCCGGAUAUUUGUAGCUAUACCACGCCUUUUAAGGUCCAGCCUCGCUACUUCAACACAUCUAUUUGCCUUUUUAGUCCCUUUCAAAAUAAUUCCUUUGAUGUAGACCUCGGAUUAGCUAUGUUUACUACCUGCUCUAGGUUUAUAAACACCUCUCAGACAGGCUGUUUAGGGGGGGGAAAAUUUAUGUAUGUGGAAAUAACAUGGCCUAUCCUUAUUUACCCACUAACUGGACUGGACAUAAUUCCAGGAGAUGAGCCUGUGCCUUUGCCUAGCUUUGACACAUUCGUUCCUAGGCACAAACGAGCGGUCCAGUUUAUUCCAUUGCUUAUUGGACUGGGUAUCUCAGGAGCCCUCGCUACGGGCUCAGCUGGUGUAGGAGUGGCAAUAGACACUUACAACAAAUUAUCUCAACAGUUAAUUAAUGAUGUAAAUAUGGUCUAUCGGUCUGUACAAGAUCUUCAGGACCAGGUAGACUCACUAGCCGAGGUUGUCUUACAGAAUAGACGGGGACUUGAUCUACUAACAGCAGACAAGGGAGGUAUCUGUUUAGCAUUACAGGAAAAAUGCUGUUUUUAUACCCAUAGGCCCUUAUCCUUGGGGUACCUAUUCGAGGAAGAAGAGGCCACCCUACUCCUUCACAGCCACCAGCAGAGAGAAAUCUUCAUCCCCUUGCUAGUGGGACUAGGACUCACCCUCUCCCUGGGUGCUGGAGGCGCUGCAACUGCUGCCAUUGUACAGACCCAUCACCUGGCAGGAGACUUUCAAGACAAGCUCCACCAGCUUUUGAAACUAGUGUUUUUAGGGUCCGAAGGGCAGUGUCAGCUUGUCCUUCAAGUCUCCUACUUAUCCAAAUCAGUCUUGAAGGCUACUGCAGAGCAGCACGGCUGCCACUGCAUCCUGUGGGCUUCAGCUCAUCCUUACUUCAUCCGCUUGCCCUCUCUCUGCCUCAUUUCACCUCCUUCCCUCUUCCUCAGCCUCCUUCUCACUUCAGGCACAUCAUCUGAUGCAAAUGCAAAUAGCCUUACAGGAACUGCUUAA